AUGGAUGCCAAUUUCAAUCCAUAUGAGGUUCUUGGAGUUGACCAAGACACCCCACUCCAAGAUAUCAAAAAGCUAUACCGCAAAAAAGUGCUGGAUUGCCAUCCUGACAAGGUCCAGGACGAGAUAAAGAAGGAAGCGACACUUGAGGAAUUCCGGAAGGUUCAGAAAGCCUACGAGAUACUCUCCGAUGAUGCACAACGUGAGCUGUGGGACAGGCAGCUGAGGCUGGCCGAAUUGGAGAAAGAGCUACAGAAUUUGCAUGUGACCCAAUCUUGUGAUAAAACCUCACAUUGGACUUCAAAGAAGUACACCGUGGAUAACGUCCAAGAAAGGGUACCCAGGAGAGAAAGUUACUCAGCUAAGGCCCAAGCAUGGCAGCCAGAUGACGAUGAGCCAAAUGACCAGGGGCAAGAUAUGGAGUUCUUACGUUACCAUGAAACAAGAUCGAGUCCCCAAAUCAUAUCCAUGAGGCGUGAAAAAAGUGCUAAUGGUGUAAAGAUCCAUCGAUUCAAAGAAACUAAAAGCUCAAGGCAACCUGAGCCCCCUCAACCUCGUGAAUCCGAUUAUUACGGUUACUGUGAUUCUCGAAGUUCAGAGGCUUUCUCACGCUACAAAGAGAAUGUAUCUAGUUUUGAGCUACCUUUUGGACAGUCAUCUUCUAUUCGACCCGAGUCUACAUCACGUCCACGCUUGAUCGAAAGAGUGCCCCGGGGCAGCUCCUCAUUUCUCAAAUCCACCUCUGAAUCCAUGUACUCAUCAGCCUCUAAUGACGAGAAGCAAACAGCAAAUAGACCGCGUACUAUUGUGCAUGAGCCUCGAGUCUCUGAUAUCUCUAGUGCACGGCUAGAAAUUGUUCUGCGCGAACCAAAACGUCGUCGGUGA